AUGAAUGCGUCAGAUUGGAGAAUAGUCUGUGUAACGUAUAACGUGAACAGCAGGAAACCCGAAGGUGAUCAAAUUCAUCAACUUUUACAACAAGAUGAUGUGGAAGAUGCUGCUAUUAUUGCAGUUGGAUUGCAGUCUUUACCACAGAAAAUGGCUGAGUUAAUUCUUUCAAAUUUCGGUUCUAUUAAGGAACUUUCUCAUUUGGAGUUAUUUGGUACGAUACCGGCCGAAACAACGUGGCUGUCAAUUUUAACUUCGUGGAUGAAUGCUCAUGGAAAAUCACUUCUUUGUAAGACAUCACUUGCUUGCAAUUUGUUACUCAUUUUUGCUCAAUUGGAAGUGUUUCCUUUAGUGAAUGAAAUCAACUCACGGCAAUCACGAUCUAGUUUAGGAGGUCUUACUGGUCAUAAAGGAAGUGUAUCGCUAAGGAUAAAAUUCAGAGAUGAAAGUUCAUUGGUUUUUAUUACGUCGCAUCUUCUACCGAAUGCAAGUAAUUAUGAAAAAAGAUGUUUGCAAUAUAAAAAUGGAAAAGUUUGUGCCUUUGACGAUAUGGCAAGGAGCAGUGAUGAGAAUAAUAAUGUAAUAUGGCUAGGCGAUUUUAAUUGGAGAGUUGAUCAACUCACAUCUCAAGAAAUGAUCAUGAAGUUGGCUGAAUUGAAUUCUAACGAUCAUAUGGACAAACUGGUCAAUAAGUUUGAUCAGUUAAAAAGAGCUCAGAGAAACGGGCAAGCUUUUAUGGAUUAUCGUGAGGAGAAAAUUCGUUUCGCUCCCACCUACCGCCUCAUGGUGAUGUUAACUCAUAAAGUUGGCUCCUCCUAUUACGAUCAAGAACGUGUACCAUCAUGGUGUGAUCGUAUUCUUUUCAAAGGAAAAUCUCUACGUUGUGAGCGGUACGAAUCAAAUCGUAUGGUCACUUUAUCGGAUCAUUUUCCAGUUUAUGCGAAUUUUAUUCUAUCUGGAUCAGUAUUGCGACAGCAUUCUGAAUGGAAAGUUUCUUUCGAGAAAGUACCUCAUUGGUACAAUAUCGUGCCAUUCACAUGUCGAUUUACAUAUUUGGAUGAUUUCUGGAGGAAUAAUGGAUCAUAUCGAGAUUGGGUCGCGAUUUAUUCAGCGGAUGUUCCUAAUUCUUUGCAACCGCUGACCUGGUUGUAUGUGGUUUCUUGUUACAAUACGGUUAUAGCAAAGAGAUCAGUUACCAUAGCUGAAUUUCCAUGUUUAAGUGCUGGACAUUAUCGUGUUGGCUAUUUUAGCGUAUACAAAAAUUGUCUACAGGGUUUAUCCGAUAUUUUCGAAGUGGAAUUCAUCAAGUAG